GGUUAUUUUACGUGUCGCUGCAUUGUCUCCCUUUCUCCUGCUCCUGUUUUCCAGGCUGAAGACAAGAUAAUCCCCGAACCUCGACUUAAGAAAUUAGAGCCUGUCCUUCUCCCAGGUGAAAUUGUGGUGAAUGAAGUGAACUUUGUGAGGAAAUGCAUUGCAACUGAUACAAGCCAAUAUGACCUCUGGGGAAAGCUGAUUUGCAGCAACUUCAAGAUAUCCUUCAUUACAGAUGACACCAUCCCAUUUCAGAAGUUCCAGUACAGAAAUCUUCUCCUAGGAGAACAUGAUGUGGCCCUGACAUGUGUAGAGCAAAUAGUCACAGUGAAUGAUACAAAGAGGAAGCAGAAAGUUCUGGGCCCCAACCAAAAACUGAAGUUUAAUCCAACGGAAUUAAUCAUUUACUGCAAAGACUUUCGUAUUGUCCGUUUUCGUUUUGAUGAAGCUGGACCAGAAAGUGCAAAGAAGGUGUGUCUUGCUAUAGCACACUACUCCCAACCGGCAGAUCUCCAGCUGCUUUUUGCAUUUGAAUAUGUGGGCAAGAGAUACCACAAUCCAGCAAACAAAGUGAAUGGAAUAGACCCUGGAGGAGGAGGAGGAGGAGGAGGAGGGGCUGGCCACCAGACUCCCUUGUUUGAAACUUUCUCAGACUGGGAUAGAGAAAUCAAGAGGACCGGAGCAUCAGAGUGGCGCGUGUGUUCAGUCAAUGAAGGUUACAUGAUAUCCACCAGCCUUCCAGAAUAUUUUGUAGUGCCCUCCUCUCUCGCGGAUCAAGAUCUAAAGCUGUAUUCUCACUCCUUCACGGGACGACGGAUGCCGAUGUGGUGUUGGAAUCAUUCCAACGGGAAUGCGCUUGUGAGAAUGGCCCAUAUCAAGGACGCCCUGCAGCAGCGAAGAAUAGACCAACGGAUUUGCAAUGCUAUUACCAGAAGUCACCCACAGAGGAGCGAUGUUUACAAAUCUGACUUAGAUAAAAGUCUGCCAAAUAUCCACGAAAUCCAGACCGCCUUUCUCAAACUGAAGCAGUUGUGUGUGAAUGAACCUUUUGAAGAAACGGAGGAGAAAUGGCUGUCCUUGCUGGAUAAUUCACAUUGGCUGGAGUAUGUGAGACUCUUCCUGAAGCAUUCUGCAGAACUGGUCUAUAUGCUGGACAGCAAACAUGUAUCAGUAAUUUUACAAGAGGAAGAAGGGCGAGACUUAAGCUGCUGCGUGGCUUCUCUUAUCCAAGUGAUGUUGGAUCCCCAUUUUCGGACCAUCGCUGGAUUUCAAAGCCUGAUUCAGAAGGAGUGGGUCAUGGCAGGGUACCCGUUUCUUGAUAGGUGCAAUCACUUGAAGAAAUCUGACAAAGAGUCUCCUUUAUUCCUGAUGUUCCUUGACUGCGUCUGGCAGCUGCUAGAGCAGUACCCGUCGGCCUUCGAAUUUUCAGAAGCGUACUUAACCAUAUUGUACGACAGCACGCGGAUCUCCCUGUUUGGUACUUUCCUCUUCAAUUCUCCACAUCAGAGAGUGAAGCAGAGCACGGAAUUUGCCAUAAGCAAAAAUAUUCAGCUGGGUGAUGAGAAAGGCCUAAAAUUUCCUUCCGCUUGGGAUUGGUCUCUUCAGCUCAGCCCAAGGGAUCGCCUGCUCUUUCACAACCCCCUGUACAUCGGGAAGAGCACACCUUGUGUAUGCAAUGGGACUGUGAAAACCUUUAAAAGAUCAAAGAAGAACUACAGUUCAACCCUCAGAGGCCUCCCGUCUUCCCUCAAGAAUGGAAUCAUCAGCGAGCCAGACUUUCUCCCAAGAAGGAACUCCCUCAUCCUGAAACUAAAACCCGACUUCCUUCAUCACAUAGACAACACUACUAACGGCAUGGAACAGUACUUCCGGGACUGGUUUUCGAAGCCAGCGGACCUCCACGGCGUAAUCCUACCCCGCCUCUCUAGGACGCAGAUCAAACUCUGGAAACUCUGCUACGUCCGCUGGGUCCCCGAGGCCCAGAUCAACCACGGGGGUUCCAUUACAGCCUUCCAUAAGAUCUCUCUCUUGGCCGACGAGGUGGAGGCCUUGAACCGGAGCUUGCGGCAACAGAACGGCAGCCCCCCGUCGCUGGCAAAUGCGCCGGAGCUGGAGCCGAGCCGGCUGUACUUCAGAGCCCACGGGCUCCAUGACAGCUCCGCCACGCCCGACUUCCUCUCUUCCGCGUUUCCGUUCUCACCGGUGGGCAACCUCUGCCGGCGAAGCAUUCUGGGCACGCCCCUGAGCAAAUUCUUGAGCGGGGCCAAAAUCUGGUUGUCUACGGAGACCCUCGCCAAUGAAGACUGACCAAGACUUCCAGGCGGAGGAGCGAGGGAAGAAGAGACCGCGGUCUAACACGACACUGCUUAGCCCCAGCACCGGAAGCUGUAAUAACUUUAUAGACAAAGUUGAUGUUUUUGCACAAAAUAUUUAAAGGCAAAACCCUCAUGCUUCAGUAA